AUGAGCAAGUUCUUCGAUAGCUUGCAAGAGUCUUAUGAGGAGAUCAAAGCUCGCUCUUCUCCCUUUCCCCCUAAACCGCAACAUUCUUCCUCUUCUACUCCGUCAGGUUCUUCAGCCUUAAGCAAUUCAGAAGUUCCGGUCGGGAAUACCUCCGGUUACACCCGCGAAGACGUCCGCGAAACUCAGCUCCUCCUCCCAAUCUUGCUCAAGUCCCUGGUAAAAAUGGAUCCGAGGUUCUUCUUUGUGAUCUAUUUAGUCAAAUAUUAUGGCGUUUAUGGGCUGAUGAAGAACUUGAAAGCGAACCAAAAACGAGCACACAACCAAGUUUUACAAAAGAUCAUUGCCAGUGCGGGAGAUGAAGAUAUCAUCACGUCAGCCUCCAAACUGACGCUGAAGGAUCCAGUGGUCUUUAUGCGGAUCAAGACUCUAAUUCGCUCAAGCCAAUGCAAGCAUCUUCAAUGCUUUGAUGCGGAGAUGUUUUACACGACAAUGGAACAGACGCUGUGGUAA